ACAUCAUCAAUCUAAUUGUCGCUCAUCACCACCUGCGGUCCUUCCACAAUCAGUGUGACACCGCCCCAACGGUGAAGCAUUAUCAGGAGUGAACACCUAUGGCUUUCAUCUAAAUGCCACCAUGAGAGCUGAGUUGCUUUGUCCUAAAGAGUCUAUUGGAAUGGAGGCAGCCACUUCUAAUGUGCACACUUCCUACGGUUUGGGACCUCGUGUUCCGAACAUGCCCCACGGACCGCCGCGUGGCGCUCCGCAGGCCCGCGAGCCUCCAGGAGAGCCACGUCCUGAGGAGCACCAACAGCAGGGCCACAAGCCACUCUUCUACUUUCAGCCCUCGCAGGCUUACCUGCCUCUGCAGGGUCUUCAGUGGCCGCUACCCAUGGCCUUGCCGGUCGGCUACAACCCUUACUACGGCGGCCCACCUUUAGGUUACGGAAUGCCAAUGAUGCCACACUACCAGCCCAAUCCUUACAUGGAGCCUCCCGCCUUCGUGCUGCCCCACACUCACCUCCACCUGACGGACUACAGGCGUAUGCUGAACCCUUACUACUACCAGACCAUGGCCUACCAUGCUCGCAGGUACCGCUACCAGCAUAGCGCGCCGGCCAAAGAAGUCACCAGCUGCGAGGUCCAAACGGAACCGCUUGCUGGUCUCCAUUUGAUAAGCAAUCCAGGUUCUGGUAACACUGAACCCUCUGGUGUCCCCAACGUCUGCGGUAGUGAGGAUACGCCAGGCGGACCCCCCAAUCCGCCCCUCCAAUCGGACUUGACUGUGCAGAGCAACGACAAGCCUUUUCUGGACGUGGGAACGCCUCCAAACGGCUUUGUCAUUCAGACGGAGGAAGUGACCAUCGAGUGUUGCACCACGCCAGUGGGACUCCAACUUCACUCCUGCGAGACUGCAGAGGUCUCCAAUGAGUUCUGCAUGGAUGACGGGCCAGGCAUUCCUGAAGAACAGAUGGACAAAGCUUGUCCUGACAUUGUCUUGGUUGGGACUCCAGGUGAGAUUCCUAAAAUGGAGGAGACAAAGAAAAACAAAGACUCCUUCACUGGCUCGAACUUCAGCUCCAAAGUUGAGGUGAAGGAUCAGGAAGAUCUACAGUUGGCUUUAAAGAGUAUUCAGUCCCAAGUUGUUCUGCAGGAAGAACAAAUGUUGUCAGUGGAGGACACGUUGGUUCGCUCCCUUGACUCGUCAACCCCCACAGAAGAACAUGGAACGCUCCAUGUGGCUGAAUUGCCUACAGAUGAAACCCCUACAGGAGACACUGGUCUCUCCAUGGAGGAUGAGAUGGUCUGUGAGGCAGAGGUGUGCUAUAAAAUGGAGGAAUCUCCUUAUCUGGAGAUGAAGCACAAAGCAGAAGGUCUUUCACAUGGUUUGGAAAGUUCUCAAAAGGAAGAUGAAACCCAACACAGACAAGACUGCCAGGAGCAACAAGACACCUCGUUCGAAUCCUUGCCCACAUACCUUCCCUCCAGCAGCUGGCUGGCAGACUUUGACAGAGUCUACAUCUAUAGCAGGAUGCCGCCCACUCCCAAAAAGCAGAACCAAACCUUGAACCGGACCGCCUUAGAGGUUCCCACUCGAAGAAGAAAACUGGAGCUGGAGUACAGGGAGCAGCCUUCGGUGCAUAAGACCAAGGAGCGGUACAAGCCCAAAGGCAAGAUGGAUCGACGAAGCCUCUCCGACCACGAGUGCUGUCUCACCAGAACCUUCGAGAACAUCUUUACUCUGAAGAAUGACAGACUUUGCAGCAGAUGUUUAGCCAAGCCUGGUCCAAGCCUCAAAAGAAAGGCUGUCCCCUUCCAGCAGUGCAACCAGUCCCUGAUGUCCACCUGCGACACCUGCAAGUCUCACACCAGCAAGAGGCUUCAGAGAAAAGGCUCCGUCCCCGACAUCCGGGCUCCGCAUCGCGGACUCGGCACAGAGGGAGAGUCCUCGGAGAACGGCUCGUGUUGCGCAGGUCUCAAGCGGAGACCCAACGGGAAGAAGAGGCCGCUUGGCUCCAAGCAGAACUGGGAUAAGAACUGCUCGUGUGAAGAAGCGCAGCCUCGCCAGGUUGAGGCUUGGAAGAGGCUGUGCCUCUGUCCCCACGGCAACGCCAUGCAAGAGCUGGAUGAAAACUUGCCAGCGUCCCCGCAGGACAAAUGGAGGCAUGCCGAUAAGUUUUACUGGGCACAUAGGUGGGAAACAGAGAAGUCAUGGAAAACUGUCACGGCCAGUCCUGACUGCACCAGAUCACCACACUUGAACAAACGCAACAUGUCACAAUCACAAGGAAAUCAAAGAAAAGACACACGAUGCUGAUUUGCACAAGAGCACUAAUCAGUCACUUUUAAAUGUUUUGUACACUUAAAUUAUUUCCACUUAUUUAUGGACUUUCACAAUGUUCACUAUUUAAGCAUUAAAUAAACACAUGAUUUGAA